AUGAGAGAAGGGAGAGAAAGAGUUAUGAGCACUCUUUCAACUCUCUCAUCGGAAGAGAGGAAGGUCACCGCUGUCGGUGGCGCUCACGGCGGCUGGAGAGAGGGAAUGAUUCCCUAUGUUAAUGCUUUUAAAAUUUCUGAUAAACUCUUAGAUUUGAUGAGAUUUACUUCUCCAUUUUACUAUGGAUAUGAUUUGUUGUCACUGUUUGGUGUAGAUGGGUCUGAUCGGCUCCAAUGGUGGAGGGCAGCGAGGGAGCUGGAUGUCUUAAUCCCCAGCAUAACUCGGUUCCACACCUACUCCGUCGGCCCAGACAGAUGCUCCUUAUUAGCCCAACGUAUCGACGCCCCCAGCGACGUCGUUUGGUCUGUAGUCCGCCGUUUCGACAAAACCCAAACCUACAAACACUUCGUCAAGAGCUGCGCCGUCAAAGACGGCUCCAAAAUGGUGGUGGCCUGCACGCGUGACGUCAACGUGAUCUCCAGCUUGCCCGCUGCCACCAGCACCGAGAGGCUUGAUAUUUUGGACGACGAUUUCAAGGUAAACGCUUUUAGUAUUAUGGGGGGAGCAUCGGUUGACCGGUCGGCGACGAUGGUGCAUGGCAUCGAACGCGACGAGAAGAUCUGGACCGUGGUUUUGGAAUCGUGCGUCGUUGAUGUCCCUGAAGGGAAUACGGAGGAAGACACACGGUUGUUCGCGGAUACAGUUGUGAAGCUCAACUUGCAAAAGCUGGCGUCUGUCUCCGAAGAGUUGGCGGCGCGUGAUGGCGACUGUAAUAAAUAA